GUGCCCAGUGUGCCUCCAGCAGAGAGCAGUGCUUGGUUGGAUGUGAGCGCCACAGAUCUGUCUCUACUUCCAGAGCGAAGAUGGCGGUCUCGGUAUUCCGUGGCGUGCGGCUUCUCUCCAUUGGAGACGCGAACGGAGAUAUACAGCGACACUCGGAGCAGCAGCCGCUGCGGUUAGAAGUCAAGACAUCACAAGAUGCUGCCCUCCUCAAUCUCUCCAAUGGAGACGAGGCAAGUGUGUUCAAAUGUUCGGUUUCCAGGGAGACCGAGUGCAGUCGCGUGGGGAAGCAGUCAUUCAUCAUCACAUUGGGCUGUAACAGCGUGCUGCUGCAGUUCUCCUCACCUACAGACUUUCAGUCUUUUUAUAACGUGCUGAAGAACUGUCGUGGGCAUGUUGGAGAGCAGUCUGUCUUCAGUGAAAGAACAGAGGAGUCCUCUGCUGUACAGUAUUUCCAGUUUUAUGGCUACCUCUCCCAGCAACAGAACAUGAUGCAGGACUAUGUUCGGACAGGGACUUACCAGCGGGCUAUUCUCCAGAACCACACUGACUUUAAGGACAAGGUGGUGCUGGAUGUGGGUUGUGGCUCGGGAAUCCUCUCUUUCUUUGCAGCUCAAGCUGGAGCUAGGAAGGUGUAUGCUGUAGAGGCCAGCACCAUGGCACAGCACGCCGAGGUGCUGGUGAACAGCAAUCGUCUGGGGGAGCGUGUGGUCGUCAUUCCGGGCAAAGUGGAGGAGGUGACGCUGCCGGAGCAAGUUGACAUCAUCAUUUCAGAGCCCAUGGGUUACAUGCUGUUCAAUGAGCGCAUGCUGGAGAGCUACCUGCAUGCUAAGAAGUUCCUCAAACCUAAUGGUAAAAUGUUCCCCACUAUUGGAGAUGUCCACCUGGCCCCCUUCACAGAUGAGCAGCUGUACAUGGAGCAGUUCACCAAAGCCAACUUCUGGUACCAGCCCUCCUUCCACGGUGUAGACCUCUCUGCCCUGCGGGGGGCAGCAGUGGACGAGUAUUUCCGCCAGCCAAUUGUGGACACUUUUGAUAUCCGUAUUCUGAUGGCCAAGUCAGUCAAAUACACAGUCAACUUCCUGGAGGCCAAAGAAGAGGAUCUUUAUAGGAUAGAGAUUCCCUUUAAGUUCCACAUGAUGCAUUCGGGCCUGGUGCACGGCCUGGCUUUCUGGUUUGACGUGGCUUUUAUUGGAUCAGUGAUGACAGUAUGGCUAUCCACAGCACCCACAGAGCCUCUCACUCACUGGUACCAGGUGCGCUGUCUCCUGCAGUCUCCUCUUUUCACCAAGGCUGGGGACACUUUGUCCGGCACUGCGCUGCUGGUGGCCAACAAGAGACAAAGCUACGACAUCAGUAUUGUUGCCCAGGUGGACCAGACAGGAUCAAAGUCCAGCAACCUCCUGGACUUGAAGAACCCCUUUUUCAGGUACACAGGCACUACCCCCAACCCCCCUCCUGGCUCACACUACACCUCCCCGUCUGAGAACAUGUGGAACACAGGGGCAGCCUACAGCAUGAGUCAGGGGAUGGCUGUAUCAGGGAUGCCCGCAGCUUAUGACCUCAGCACAGUCAUCGGCAGCGGCCCGUCAGUGUCUCACAACAACCUCAUCCCCCUGGUGAACACAGGGAUUGUAAAUCAUACCCACUCCAGGAUGGGCUCAAUCAUGAGCACAGGAAUUGUCCAGGGAGCCACUACGGGUCAGUCCGGCCCCAGUAGCAGCGGUACUUACUAUCCUGUCACCAACCAGUUCACCAUGGGGGGCGCUGCCAUCUCCAUGGCCUCACCUAUGGUCAUCCCUAGCAACACCAUGCAUUAUGGCAGUUAAGACGAAGACCUCGCAAAGACCUCCUAUGCCCCCGCAUGAGAAGAAUCCCCCUCCCCCCCUUCCCCUCCCCAACCCAGAUUGAUCACCAACUGCAGCCAAAACCAGUAUACCAAAACCAGCUCUGUGCUGGAGAUUCCUUUUUGUUUGCCACCAUCUUUCUGCUCUGUUGAAUCAUCACUAGAUGAACGGUUGAAAACUCUCGUUUCCGUCCAGACUCUUGUCUUUCCAAAAGCCGAAGCCUUCCUUUCCCCCCUCCCUCACUGGGACUGUAUCAUCUGAGAUGCUCAGCAGUUUAUCAUCUGACCUCACUGGGUUUCCACCCUCCUUCAAUAUGUAUUUCAAUCCCUCCACUUCCCUUAUUUUCUCUUUAUAGCUCAUUAUUUAGAUGUCAUGACCCUCCGACUGUUUGUUCUUCCUCAAGAAUCCGCUUGUUGUCAGAUACCAGCAUCGGUCCGUUCCCGUGGUUCUCCACACCUCCACACCAGAGUGAUGCUGAAGCUUUUCACUUGUGCAGUAGGACACUGUUAUCAUGAUCAUCAUCACUGCGUCUCUACAGGUGUCAUCUUAGCUUUUCAUACUGGAUCCAGCCAUGUUCCCUCCACACUUCCCCAGAGACUGAGCCGUGCCGAAUGAAACAGCCCCCUCAAAUCAUUAAACAAACGGCAUCUUGCUUACUCCUACUCAUGCAGUUUGGGUUUAGGCGGAGGAGGAUGGAUCACAAACUGAAGCCAUCUACAAGUCUUGGCACCCAGAGGAGCUUGUAGAAAUAUUUUUUUUGUGUUUUGUUGUUUUGUUUUGUUGUUUUUUGUUGUUGUUUUUUUAGUGGCAUGGACAGGCUGACCCUCCCUGUUCUGCUUGGAAGCAUUGGUGUUGCUCUAUCACCUUCCAUGUUGAGUCAUGAUAAAGAAGUGUCUCGGUGUCUGCUAUAAGUUGCUGUUUGUUGACAUCACCAGUCUUUUAAAAUGACGACAUUCUCCAAUUCAAACAGGUCACCUUUCCAUUAAUGUUGUUCAGCGUCUCAUUCAGACAUUCAGACUCUAUGUGCACAGCGUUAUCCGUAUGUGGAGCCUGCACGGAUUCUGGUGGAAUUUGACCCCAUUUCUAAAUGUUUAGGUCUCUCUGCUGUUGUCAGUCAGAAGAGAGUCUCCUUUUUAUGUGCGCGCUGCUGUUUAGGACGUUGAAAGAUGGACGUUAAGAGUUGUAACCUUGUGUGUUUCUAUCAGUAAAUGUGACUGAUGUAAGUGAUGCGUAAAUGUUACUAGGCAUUAGAAGAUGACUCACUGUGGUUAAUAUCUGAACAGGAAACUUGAAGAUGCCCUCGGGUUAAUGGAAAAGAGCGAAUGAAUGGUUGGGGCUUUUCAGUAAAUGCUCCUUUGUGUGCUGCUUCUCAGUGCUAGCAUGAUUGCUACCAUUCAUUGCUAACCUUGUGGCUGAGCGUGCUGUUAGGGUUAGUCCUACUUAACCACGGACUCUGAAAGAAUGGGUAGCUGAAAUAUUGGUGUUGCAGACUAAAGUUGGCAUGCUAACUUACCUCAUCUUUGCAUAAUCCACUUUGUUCUACUACUACUUCCUGGUUUUCAUAUUAAGAAGUAGUAGAACUGUUCAGAUUACCAACUCACACCUUUGAAAAACAGUAGGUGUCUUAGAUGAAUUUAAUAUCUUUAGCACAGGAAAAUAAAACUUGAGGAAUUGGAUGUUUUGACGAGCAGCAGUAGGAUGCUGUGUCUGCACAGGACAUCUCCAGUUCUGUCCUCAUUGUGGCAUUGCCGGGUUUGAGCAUCGUCCGAAGUGAAUACAAAAAUUCAACAAGACACCAUUAGAGGAGUUGGAGGAAGAUUUUUUUUGUCCAGUCUUUAUUUCGUGUUAUACAACUGAAUUUAGCAUGGAGUUCACACAUUGAAAUUUUUUUAAAUUUUGGGUUUUUAAAUCAGAGGUUUUAAGUCAAACCUGUAUUUGAGCUGAUGACCUGUUUGAUCCUGUAGGGUUCUUCACAUUCCAGAUGAACACGUUUUUCACCAUUGUAAACGACUUCAGCUCGAUAUGAAAGGGUUUCUGAUCAGUGCAUGAACUGUACGACACUUAAAGUGGUGGUAGUAGUAAUAGACGGUCAGGAGAUGAUAAGCUUACAGAGAUACAGCAAUUCACUCAUCCACAUCGAUCUGUAAUUACUACUCUGUCAUAGUAGUCAGCUUAUUCUCGGCUUGCUUCAGAAUUGUGGAUAGUUUAACUUAUUGUUGGCCACUUUACAGCACAGAGUUAUUUUUGGCCGCCGCCAAAUUUUGGCAUUUGUUGGUCUGUGGUUGCUAAAUAGCUGCUAGCUGCUUGCCAUGUCUCUUUAGGGACUCGUGGAUGAUUUGAUUGUUUCUCAUACCCAACAUGGAAGGUGACUGAUCGCACAGUCUGAGAGAAGCUAGAACAUUUCAGCCCUGUCGGCCUAAAAUACAAAAUGCACUUUCUGCUGCUCCUCAUGUUUUCUGCACCCAGAAGGUUUAUUUUUUUAUUUUUUUUAAAUCAGAAUAAAUUGCAGCAGCUUCUUGCCAGUCAGGCAUUUGUUGAGCCAGAUUGCUUCGGUGCAGUUGGAGGAAGAUUUGGAGAAUGAACCAGUAAAGACCAAUGACCCAGGAUGCAGCCAGCUGGCUAGCGGGAGAAGAAAAGCUGUGCCGGACCGGCAACGUCCUAGUUUACAUCUUUGUUUCCUUUGCCUGUCGCUCCUCCAAACCUCCCUUUGAGACUGUGAGACUGUCACAAGUAGACUUCAAUGACGAGGCGAGGGAGAAGGGGCCGGUACGCCUCUCUCCUCGUCUGUUCAAUGUGUAUGACCUCCAACAUAUCAUUGCCCCAACACACACACCCCUGCCCACACCCCCUUUUUAUCAGUCAAGGAAAGAAAGACUGACACAUUUAUGCAUUGCUUCCAGUGUCACAACUAUUGGAAUUUGAGUUAGUAGGAGUGCUGAGGGGGGAAAAAUGUCUGUUUGUAGGAAUAACCUUUUUUGUUUUCUUGAUAUUUUUUUUCUUUAUUUCACAAAAAAAGCAAACAAGGAAAAAAGCGCAAAUUAAAUGUUGUGAAAAUGUUUCAAAACCAUCCUGGAGUCAGGUGUUGUAGUACUUUAAUUUGUUACCUUCUACUUUGUUAAAUAGACUGUGGAUACAACAGAUGUUUACCAUGUUGUAGCUACUCUAUAGCCAUCGUGUCUCUUCUGUCAUGGAUUCAUUGCUCUGUGUAGUCAAAUAGUGGCAUCCACUUUGACCAUGGAAGUGUACGAGGAAGACUCACUGUCAUGUUCUCUCAUUUGUGUGUUCACCAACUAGUAAUAACACCUUUCUCACUGUC